AUGGGUCAAAAAAUACUUUUAAUAAUCGGUUUAUUUGCUCUUGCACACGCCGGUUAUUCAGCAGCUCAACAUCGUGUAUACGUACGUCUUACUGAACAACAAUUUGAACGUUUACCAACAGAUAUUAUUGUUCAAACAUUAAUUGCUUUUCUUGCUUGUUGUAUUGGUACAGUACAAUUAUUUGGUAAAUUUAAACCAAUACUUAUUACAGCUGAGUGGCAAAAUAAAACUUGGGAUACAGUUGGUAAUCGUCCAUCAUUUAUGACAUUUAAUCAUCGUGGCAAAGAAUUAUUUCGUUAA